AAUCAGAGCGAUAAACAUUGCAAAUAUGGAAACCAACUAUAUAAAGGCAAACCUUUCCACGACGUAUUAAUAAACCUUCAAAAUGGAAUUACUUUUCUAUUUCGUCUUGGCGUUGGGCGCUCUUUUCGUCAGCGGGGAGCAGAAUAAAGCAAUUGUCGAAAUCACACCCGUUAUUAACGUGACGGAAUCCAUAUUCGUGGACGACGAGCACAAAGUCAUAUAUUAUGUCGAUGCCCUUGGAAAUUCUGUCUACAAACAUGCCUACGAGAGAGGAGAGACGAGCUCGAUUGAGAUCCCCGCGAAGACUGUAGGCGCAGCCAUACCAAUCGAAGGUAAACACAACGAAUUCAUCGUGGCAGCACACCACGAAAUCCUGCGGGUCCAUUGGUCGGAAGAGGACACCGCCGAAAGAGUAACCAAGUUGCACACGAACCUCAAACUAGCAAGUAACGAGAGGUUUUUCCAAGGGAAAGCGGACGCUAAGGGGCGUCUCUGGAUUAGCACCUUUCGGGUAGGGAAAGGAGGUCCAGCUGACGUCAUCCGCGGAGGCGGAACGUUUUACUCGAUAACGGUACACAAAAACCAUUCUACUACCAUCGAGAAAAAGCUCUCGAACGUGAACGUUGUUACGGGUCUAGGCUGGACGCAGGACGGUCGACACAUGUACUACGUAGAUGCGUACAAGAGGAAGGUGUUUAAAUACAAUUUUGACCUGAACAAUGGCGAUCUAGGCCACAGCAAAGUUCUAUUCGACUUGGACCACCAUCCCCAUCUUCACGGCGACAUCCACGGUUUAGCUGUGAAAUAUAAUGGUGCCGUGGUGGUCUCCCUGUGGAACGGGGGUGCCCUGGUUCUCAUCGAUGGACAUGAUGGGUCGAUUAUCGAGAAAGUAACGCUGCCGAUACAAGUCCCUACGUCCUUGGCGUGGGGGAAGGGGUUGGGACGAAACGUCGUGUUGGUAGGCUCGUCCAGAAUACCACUGACGGAGGAAGAAAUAAUCCAAAAUCCAUUCGAUUCAGGGUCGGUUUAUCUUUUGAACCGGGUUAACUGCACAGGUGUACCAUCUUUCAAAAUUCGUCUGGCUGACUAACCCAACAUUUUUUGAAUCCGAUGCUAAUAAAGUGUAAAUAGAAAGUGAUUACUAUUGAAA